CUUCUCUUGUCUUGUUAAUCUCACGCUGUGGUUGAUGGGAAGGAUUUAGUGAGUUCCCUGUGCGAAGCGUCGUUACUUUUUUCUCCUUCCCACGGAUCUUUGCGCACCGCGAUCCGUAGCGGCAAAAGGUAACGACUGGGUACGAGUCUGCACAACUCUUCCCUCUUCCCUCCCCAUGGACAGACAGACACUAAAAACUUCUGCGUAGGAGCCUAUUUCAAGUCCUGUCUCAUCAAAAACAAACCCUCAGUAUUUUAAACUGCCACGGUAUUUUCGCUGUUUGGGUGCUAUACAUCAGUCAAGCUUGUCUCGCUUAUUCAUCAUUAACUUGGAACUAACGAACACGAUGGGAGAAGAUCUCAAAAAGCUGCCUGAUAGUGAAUUCUGCAAUGCUGCUGCCUUUGCUUGGGCUUGCCAGCUAACAGGACCGAAACCAUAUAUAAAUCCCAAGCACGAUCCACCUUGUUAUGAAGAUGUUGAAGACGACACUAAAAAUAGUGCAUUAGAAGGGAGCUCGACGGAAGAACUCAAGAAGCUACCUCCUAGUAAAUUCUGCAAUGCUGCUGCCUUUGCUUGGGCUAACCAGCUAGAAGGACCGAAUUCAUUUCAAAACUCCAGUCGCGAUCCACCUUGUUCUGAAGAUGUUGAAGACCUCUUGCAGUGAUGGGUAUUCCCAUUUGCAGUCCCCCCUGUAGACGUAGAAGACGACACCACAGUGUCCAGAGAUUGCAGUAGAAGAUAAUUCGACUGAGCAGAGUAAAAAAAGACAACCAAUUCGAGUAAAGAAUAAACCAAAUGAAACUCUAUCCCUGAUCGAAAAAGUUACAGACAGUUUUUCUCUUUAGACUCUUGUUUUUAACUUGAAACACUGUAUCUUUGAUCGGCUCAGCCUUAGCCCUGCUUGCAGACCUCUUUUUCUGCCAUACGUUCUGGCUUUAGGUCGCUUAACACUACGGAGGGGACGAAAAAAAACCUCUGCUCGCAGGGUAGGCUCAUCCGUGUCGAUCAAGGAUAGUGUUUCGUAUUGAACGAGCGAAACACUGUUCUUGGUUGUCACGGCUUCGUCGAAUAAGCAAAGCAAAGAUGUCUGCCUUGAGGACAGAAAGCUUCAAGCUCAAGAAAUAAGAGAUUACUUCGAGAAGUGAGACAUUUAUAAACAAUUAUUUUGAACUAACGCUUUCUGUCUGUCUGAUAUACUUAUUUUUAURCAUGAUCACCUCUCGUGAUUAAGGUCGAUAAUAUCUCAACGCUUUAGGUGUGAAUCGAUUCAGAAAAUAGACUUUGUACAA